UGGAGCCCGACGGUCGCUCGCUGCUCCUUGAGCCUCCGGGCGCGGCGCGGGCAUGGCUCGCGCGGCGUGGGGGCUGCUGUGGCUGCUGCUGGGUAGCGCCGGCGCGCAGUAUGAGAAGUACAGCUUCCGAGGAUUCCCCCCGGAGGACCUGAUGCCUCUGGCCACGGCCUACGGCCACGCUCUGGAGCAGUAUGAAGGGGAGAGCUGGCGCGAGAGCGCGCGCUACCUGGAGGCGGCGCUGCGGCUGCAUCGGCUGCUGCGCGACAGCGAGGCCUUCUGCCACGCCAACUGCAGCGGCCCCGCCACCUCGCAACCCUGGCCCGCUCCCGGCCCGGACGGCGACAACGACGGUGAUGGCGAGGAUUGGGCGCGCGAGCUGCGGCUCUUCGGCCACGUCCUGGAGCGCGCCGCCUGUUUGCGGCGCUGCAAGCGGACGCUGCCCGCCUUCCAAGUCCCCUACCCGCCCCGGCAGCUACUGCGCGACUUCCAGAACCGCCUGCCCUACCAGUACCUGCACUACGCGCACUUCAAGGCGAACCGACUGGAGAAGGCGGUGGCUGCAGCCUACACCUUCCUCCAGAGGAACCCCAAGCACGAGCUGACCGCCAAGUAUCUCAACUACUACAGGGGAAUGCUGGAUAUCGCAGAUGAGUCCCUCACUGACCUGGAGGCCCAGCCCUACGAGGCUGUGUUCCUUCAGGCUGUGAAGCUCUACAACAGCGGGGACUUUCGCAGCAGCACAGAACACAUGGAGCGGGCCUUGGCUGAUUAUAUGACGGUCUUUGCUCGGUGUCUAGCUGGCUGUGAAGGGGCCCACGAGCAGGUAGACUUCAAGGACUUCUACCCAGCCAUAGCAGAUCUCUUCGCAGACUCCCUGCAGUGCAAGGUGGAUUGUGAAGCCAAUCUCACCCCCAACGUAGGUGGCUUCUUUGUGGACAAGUUCGUGGCCACCAUGUAUCACUACCUGCAGUUUGCCUACUACAAAUUGAAUGAUGUGCACCAGGCUGCCCGCAGCGCUGCCAGCUACAUGCUCUUUGACCCCAAGGACAGUGUCAUGCAGCAGAACCUGGUAUAUUACCGCUUCCACCGGGCUCGCUGGGGCCUUGAAGAGGAGGACUUCCAGCCCUGGAGGUACACUAUGCUCUACCACAAUCAGACCUCUGAGCUUCGGGAGUUGCUAGACUUCACACACAUGUACCUUCAGUCAGAUGAUGAGAUGGAACUGGAGGAGACGGAAUCACUUCCGGAGCCUGAAAAACCUCUGUCUGAUGCCGAGUUCGAAGGCGAGGGUGACUAUGAGGAGGGCCUCUAUGCGGACUGGUGGCAGGAGCCGGAUGCCAAGGGUGAUGAGGAUGAGGCCGAGCCAGAGCCUGAACUGGCCUAAGACGGUGACAUGGUGCACUCUUCAAGCUCAGGACACCUGGCUGGGGGCAGGAACUAUUUAUUAAAACUUAAAAUCG